CUCCUCCUUUGCUCUCCACAGCUUCCCUUCACUUCUUUCUUGAAUCUAUCCUUUUAGGGUUAGUUUUUUCAGUCUUGGUUUACAAUGCCUGACGUUGGUGGUUCAGCUUCUUCAAGGAGAAUGUGGUGUUCGGUUCCUGAAAGAUUCCAACUGCACUUGGCCAUGUUGGCCUUGCAGUUUGGUUAUGCUGGGUUCCAUGUGGUCUCUAGGGCUGCCCUAAAUAUGGGAGUUAGCAAGCUUGUUUUCCCAGUAUAUAGGAACAUCAUCGCUUUGCUUCUGCUCCUUCCCUUUGCAUAUUUUCUAGAAAAGAAGGAGAGGCCAGCGCUCACUCUCAACUUUGUCCUUCAGUUCUUCUUCCUUGCACUUGUUGGAAUAACAGCAAACCAAGGAUUCUACUUGCUGGGUCUGGAGAACACUUCACCCACCUUCGCAUCAGCAAUCCAAAACUCUGUCCCUGCUAUUACCUUUCUCAUGGCAGCUCUACUCCGGAUAGAGAAAGUGAGGAUAAACAGAAAAGAUGGAAUAGCAAAAGUACUCGGAACUAUCUGCUGUGUAGCAGGGGCCUCAGUGAUCACUCUAUACACAGGUCCAGUGGUAUACAGCCCAGCUAAACAUCUAAACAGACCCACACCAAUGUUUGUUUCACUUGGAGAUGCUGAGGCCAAGAACUGGACCCUUGGUUGCCUCUACCUCAUUGGCCAUUGCUUGUCCUGGUCUGGGUGGCUUGUGUUGCAGGCACCAGUUCUAAAGAAGUACCCUGCUAGGCUCUCCGUCACCUCCUACACUUGUUUCUUUGGGCUUAUUCAGUUCAUUAUUAUUGCUGCCUUCAUGGAGAGAGAUCCACAGGCUUGGAUUUUCCACUCUGGUGGAGAACUCUUCACUAUUCUCUACGCAGGAGUGGUCGCAUCAGGGAUUGCCUUCGCUGUACAGAUAUGGUGCAUUGACAGAGGGGGCCCUGUCUUCGUGGCUGUUUAUCAACCUGUACAGACCCUUGUUGUCGCUAUCAUGGCCUCCAUUGCUUUAGGAGAAGAGUUCUAUUUAGGAGGGAUCAUCGGGGCAGUGUUGAUCAUAGCAGGAUUGUACCUGGUCCUAUGGGGCAAAAGCGAAGAAAAGAAGUUCUUGGCAUUGGAGAAGGCUGCAAUUCAGGCCGCUCCUGAGCACGGAAUCAGCAGGGCUCAAACCCAAAUCAAGACUUCCCUCACUCAGCCACUGCUCCCUUCGUCAACAGAAAAUGUUUGACUGGCAAGACCCCCUGACUCUUGACUACACAGUUUGCUGGAGAGCCAAGAUCCCAUAAAAAAAAAUGGCACCUCUCUAUUAAUUAAGAUGGCUUGUGUGUGUAUGGAGAUGUUCUUUUAAAAUUUUUGUCAUGUCCAGUCCUUUCAUGUUAGUAGGAGGUCGAGAUAGGUAAGAUUUUGAGGGGAUAAAUUUGAUGGUUGCCAUCACUAAUGCGGCCCUCGAGGCCUGAAAUCCCCUAUGCUUUCUUUGCAAGUUAAAAUCAUGGUUUGUUUUACGAAAUUAAGAUAUGAAGAUUAUGAAAGGCUAAUGCUCGAAGGACUUCAUGGACA